CAGGCUCAGCAUACAAACUUAGCCAAUGUCACUGUCCAACUUGUUGACCUGGAGCUUACUGUAACUCCAGAGCCUACUAUGGAGGCUGAGCAUUCUACCCAUGCAGCGGACUAUAGCUCCUCCAGAGGACCCUGAGGUGACACUUCCACACCCAGAGCAGAUCCUGGCUCGGCAUCCAAAUUUGACUGAAGUCACAGUUCAACCUGUAGACCUGGCACUAACCAUAACUCCAGAACCCACUACAGAGGUUGAAACUUCAACCUUGCAAGAGACCCCAAGUCAGCCUUCAGAGUCACUGAAGGAGGUUGUAGUUCAGCCUUCACUGUUUAAGGAGGUGACCAUUCCAACUCCAGAUCAGGAUCAUGCUCAUCAUCCAUUGUCACCUAAUGUAACAGAUCAACCUUUGAACCUGGAGCUGACCAUAUCUCCAGAACCCACUGUGGAGGUUAAAACUUCUACAGCCCUGCAGAAAACUACAGCUCCUCCAAAAGACCUUGAGGUGACAUUUGCACAUCUAGAGCAGGUUCAGGUUCAGCAUCCAACCUUGACUAAGGCCACAACUCAACAUUUGGACCUGGUGUUUACAGUAACUCCAGAAUUCAAUAAGGAGAUUGAACUUCGUCUGCAUAUGCAGGAGACUCCAGUUCAGCCCCCAGAGCCACUUAAGGUGGUUUUUGGAGCUCGGUCUCCAGGAUAUCAGGAGCAGACUGUUCCAACACCAGGUCAGGAUCAAGCUCAGUAUCCAUCAUCACCCAAUAUAACAGUUCUACCUUUGGACUUGGAACUUACCAUAACUCCAGAACCCACUACAGAGGUUGAACAUUCUCCAGCCAUGCAAGAGACCCUAGAUCAGCCUCCAGAGCCACCUAAGGAACUGGUAGCUCAACCUCCAGUAUAUCAAAAGGCAGCAGUUCCAACACUAGGUCAGGAUCAAGCUCAGCAUCUGUGGUCACUGAAUGUAACAGUUCAGCCUUGGGGCUUGGAGCUUACUACAGGCAUUAAACAUUCUACAGCUCUGCAGCAGACUACAGCUCCUCCAAAGGACCCUGAGGGGACAUUUCCACAUUCAGAGCAGGUUCAGGUUCAGCAUCCAACCUUAACUAAAGUCACAGUUAAACCUUUGGACUUGGUGCUUACCAUAACUCCAGAAUCCACUACAGAGACUGAACCUUCUCCAACCAUGCAAGAGACCCCAACUCAGCCUCCAGAGUCACCUAAGGAGGCUGUAAUUCAGUAUCCAAUCCAGCAGGAAGUGACAGUUCCAACUCCAGGUCAGGAUCAAGCUCAGCAACCAACGUUGCCCACCGUCACAGUUCAUCAUGAGGAGUUACGACUUACCAUAACUCCAGAAUCCACUACAGAGACUGAACCUUCUCCAACCAUGCAAGAGACCCCAACUCAGCCUCCAGAGUCACCUAAGGAGGCUGUAAUUCAGUAUCCAAUCCAGCAGGAAGUGACAGUUCCAACUCCAGGUCAGGAUCAAGCUCAGCAACCAACGUUGCCCACCGUCACAGUUCAUCAUGAGGAGUUACGACUUACCAUAACUCCAGAAUCCACGACAGAGACUGAACCUUCUCCAACCAUGCAAGAGACCCCAACUCAGCCUCCAGAGCCACAUAAGGAGGUUGUAGUUCAGUAUCCAUUCCAGCAGGAAGUGACCGUUCCAACUCCAAGUAAGGAUCAAGGUCAGCAUCCAGCAUCACCCACCAUCUCAUUUCGUCCUAUGGGCUUGGGGCUUACCAUAACUCCAGAACCUACAGAGGCUGAACAUUCUACAACCAUGAAGACUACAACUCCUCCUCCAAAGGACCUUGAAGUGACACUUGGACAUCCAGAACAGGUUCAGAGUCAACAUCCAAACCUGACUGAAGUCACAGUUCCACCUAUGGACUUGGAAAAUACUGUAAGUCGGCAAUCAGAGUCAUUUGAGACAGAGUUUCCUCCAACAACUCAGCAUUCAGUGGUGCAUUUUGUAAAAUAUACCUCAAAAAAGGCCUACACAGCUUUAACUGAGCAACCAGAACAGAAUGCCACCACAGACCUCAAAAUAUGUGAGCGCUGUACCUGCAAAGAUGAGACGCUGUCGUGUAUUGGUCUCAGCCUACAGCAGAGGCUCCGCAGCGUGCCUGUGCCAGAGCCGGACGCCUAUAACGGCACCUUCUCCAUCUUAAAUUUCCAAGGAAACUCUAUUUCUUACAUUGAUGAGAAUAUAUGGAAGGCAUACCGUUGGGCUGAGAAACUAAUUCUCAGUGAAAAUUAUUUGACCGAAUUACAUAAAGACACAUUUGAAGGCCUGCUAUCCCUCCAGUAUUUAGAUUUAUCCUGCAAUAAAAUACAAUUUAUUGAAAGACGUACAUUUGAACCACUACCUUUUUUGCAGUUUAUAAAUCUUGGUUGCAAUUUACUCACAGAACUGAGCUUUGGAACAUUUCAGGCCUGGCAUGGAAUGCAGUUUUUACACAAGUUAACUCUCAGUCAUAACCCUCUGUCAACUGUUGAAGAUUCAUACCUUUUUAAAUUGCCGGCAUUAAGAUAUUUAGACCUGGGAACAACAGAGGUGUCACUUACAACAAUCGAGAGCAUUCUCAUGAUGACCUUUGAACUGGAAAAACUGAUUUUACCUAGCCGCAUGGCCUGCUGUCUCUGCCAAUUUAAAAGUACCAUUGAGGUCGUCUGCAAGACAGUCAAGCUGCACUGUGACAGUGAAUGUCUGACAAAUGCCACGCUUUGUGAUGAGGAAGUAUAUAUAAGGAGUGAGGAAGGAUCAUUCAUGAAGGUAUUGAAAGCUCGGAAGAAGAGCACCAGCACUGAACUGACUAUUGAGGCAGAAAAGCCAUCCUCAGACAAAAGUGGCAUCGGUUUGUCAGCCUUUAUGAAUGAGCAGCUAGACUUUAAUGAUGAAAGUGAUGUCAUUAGCGCACUGAAUUACAUAUUGCCUUACUUCUCAGAGGGACAUCUAGAAGACGUAGAAUCGACGUUAUUACCAUUCAUUAAACUUCUGUUUUCAAGUGUGCAAGAGGGAGACAGUCCUGUGGGUCACUUGACAAACAACACACAGGAACCUUCUCUUAAACCUGGAUCCAACAAUUCAACUUACAAGAAUAAACUGAGGAAACUCUAUUUUCUGGAAAACUUGUUAGAUGCAGAAAUUCAGGGAAAAGUUGAUGAGGUUAAAGAGAAAGAAAAAACUGCCCUGCUUAUACCUUCCAGCCUUUUAGGUCCCAAGUUUAAACGUCAAAUCUUUCCAAAGAAAUUGGAAACUGCUCAAUCACAGGAAAAGAGCCUAGACAAGGUUGAGAAUGUCGGGACAAAAAUGCUGAGAGUGAACAAGGUCAUCAAGGGCCUGAAGGGCAUCCGGGAAAGGCGCCUUAAAGAAAUGAGACGUCAGAAUACCCAGAGGAAACAGAAUGCCCAGCCAUUUGUGGAGAAUGUGGCCGAAGAAAGACGGCUCGAGAGACCGUCCGCAGGGGGGCUGGAACAGCUUCACGUGGCACAGAGGCCCCGGAAAUUGGUGGGAAGCUCCUUCAAAACAGAGCCCUCAUUCAUACAGGAACACAAGGCAGCGGUCUCUUCGUUCCUGAAACAAUACUCUGUGGGAAGGCCUGCUGCCUCCACCGCUCCCAAAUCCCCAGCUGAGGUGAAAAACAAAUCAAAAGACUUGACAUACCCCAUUUCUGUUUUAGAAGACGCAAAUGCUAGAGUUAGAAACAUGAAGGCUUCCAGACCAGCCUCACAUUCCAGAAAAAAAUACCUCUUCCAUAAAACUCACUCGCGUGUGGUCCACAGAACACCCAAGGCCAAACUGAAUCACAAGUCGAGAAAGGAAAGUUCACUCAGUAAUAGACUGAUGCUCGCAAAGAGGCCUCUGUUCUCUGCAGUCAAGAGCCUCAUAAAUUCCCCUUCACGGGAGGAUUUUUCAUCUCCCGGAGAAAUGGGUCCUCAGGAAACUCCUUUUCCAGAAUUAUUUACUCUUUCAAAACCUAACAGAGAAAACACUACCGUAGAGAACACUAAUGCACAAAAUAUCUUUGAAGAAAAUAUUUCUACAGGAAACACUACUCGGCCAGAACAAACCUUCCCUGAAUUCACAAGCCGUAAGAAUCUUUCCAUGGCUAAUUCUAUCAUUACUGCAGACGGCUCCGCGCCGACCGCUAAACAAGCCAACAAUUCGCAAUGGGAAUACUACAGUGUGGGCACUGACUUGCCCUCCGAGGCCUCAGGCUUCACUGUGUCCAACCCCUCAUCCCCAGGUGAUCUAUUUGAGAUGCAGUUAAACCAGCAGCUACGGCCCCUCAUCCCCAACAAUGAUGUGAGAAGGCUCAUUUCUCACGUUAUCCGGACUUUGAAAAUGGACUGCUCUGAGACCCACGUGCAGCUGGCCUGUGCCAAGCUCAUCUCCAGGACAGGCCUCCUGAUGAAGCUUCUCAGCGAGCAGCAAGAGAUGAAAGUAUCCAAGGCAGAGUGGGAUACGGACCAAUGGAAAAAUGAGAAUUACAUCAAUGAGAGCAGUGAAGCCCAGGGUGAACAGAAAGGGGCGGAUUCAAGGGAGCUCACAAAAGAAGUUCCAGGUUAUGGCUACAACAACAAGCUCAUCUUGGCAAUAUCCGUGACUGUAGUAGUGAUGAUAUUGAUCAUCGUUUUCUGUCUCAUUGAGAUUUAUUCUCAUAGAGCAGCAGUAGAGGAAAGUAAAGAAGGAAACUCAAGGGGCUUCUUCCAAUCUCUGCUGGGUCGGAGAUGCUCCACGGAAAGUGACAAUCAGGAGGGCUUUUUCUGGAUAAGGCGGCCACUGUGGCUCAGGGACAUGUACAGACCUCUCAACGCCACACGCAAGAAAAACAUGGCACAGAAGCUGCAUGACAAGGAUUCUUCUGAUGAGGAUGAGAUUUUCAACAAGGAACCAGGGGAGUCCAGUGAAGCCGCAACAGAGAAGGCUCAGGCCACAGAUUCCACUGCUGACGAGCUGACCUACGAGAACGAGACAGGGCAUGACACGGUCACCGAGUGAGCCCCGUCCUGCCUCUGGCCGCCAAUAAAGUUUAUUUUCUCAUACUG